CCUUGAAGGGAAUUACGAGGUGGCCCCGCGCGCUACUCCCGAGUCUCGGGGAAGCGAGCGAGCGGAGAGAUUAGUGCUCUAAAGGAAACGCUCAGGUUUUUAGGUUCCUGCUCCUGAUUUGGCAGCUGAUCAGCAUUUCAAGCUGAAGAUGCUGCUGCUGAAUAGCUUGAGAGUCAUUCUUCCAGUGUCCCCCUGCAAGUGGCUGUGGAGGAGGGUCCCGGUUCCCAGAUUCAUGGCAGUGAGGCCCUGCAGUCUCUAUACCUGCACGUAUAAAACCCGGAACAGAGCCUUGCAUCCUCUCUGGGAAAGCAUGGACCUUGUUCCGGCAGGUGAUAGACAGUCGCCCAUUAACAUCCGGUGGAAGGACAGCAUUUACGAUCCUGGCUUAAAACCACUCACCAUCUCUUAUGACCCAGCCACCUGCCUGCACAUCUGGAAUAAUGGAUACUCUUUCCUCGUGGAAUUUGAAGAUUCUACAGAUAGAUCAGUGAUCCAGGGAGGACCGCUGGAACACAACUACCGACUGAAGCAGUUCCACUUUCACUGGGGGGCCAUUGACGCCUGGGGCUCCGAGCACACUGUGGACAGCAAAUGCUACCCCGCAGAGCUGCACUUGGUUCAUUGGAAUGCAGUCAAAUUUGAGAGCUUUGAAGAUGCAGCACUGGAAGAAAAUGGUUUGGCUGUGAUAGGAGUAUUUUUGAAGCUAGGCAAACAUCAUGAAGAGCUACAGAAAUUGGUGGAUUUUUUGCCAUCAAUUAAGCAUAAGGACACCCUUGUGGAAUUUGGAUCCUUUGACCCCGCCUGCCUGAUGCCCGCCUGCCCUGAUUACUGGACCUACUCCGGGUCUCUAACUACCCCACCUCUCUCAGAGUCUGUCACCUGGAUCAUUAAGAAGCAACCAGUAGAAGUUGAUCAUGAUCAGCUGGAGCAAUUUCGGGCCCUGCUCUUCACUUCUGAGGGGGAAAAAGAGAAAAAAAUGGUGGACAACUUCCGCCCCCUUCAACCCCUGAUGAAUCGCACUGUCCGCUCAUCCUUCCGCCACGAUUAUGUGCUGAAUAUACGAGCGAAACCCAAGCCAUGGGCCAGCCAAGGGACCCCCUAAGAUGCCCAUACUUGGACAAUAUUUUGCUUCUUUUAGCUUUUUAAAAGUUGUUAACUAGACUAUUUUAAAUAGCGGCACUAAAAAUAUUUAUAGAUAUAUAUUUCUUUUCUUGACAUUUCCAAGUCACUAUCUUUGUAAGGUAGGAAGAGGGAGACAGAACAAUAGGGAAAUAAUUGAUUGGUUAACAUCGGGCUACUUUAGGUGACCAUUUGUAAGGAUUGGGGCAGAGGGGAUUUCAUUACUCUUGCCCAUUGAGACUGCCUGUUUGGGAAAUUUGGCUGUCAUCUCUCUAAUAUUGCUUCCUGAGAAGGUCAGAUUAAUAAUUUAUUUUCUGUUUGGUGAAGUGGAACUUUAUUUCGUGUGAGUGAUUCCAUUUUGAGUUUGAGCCUGGUCUGCUGCAGCCUAGUAGAGCAGUUUAGUUAAAAACAAUGGCCUCCUGCCGGGUGUGGUGGCGCAUGCCUAUAAUCCCAGCACUCUGAAGGCUGAGGCAGGAGGA